AUGAAACUAACCUGCCAUUCCUAUUUCUUUGUUUCCAGCAAAGAUCUCCAGAUCUGGUCGGUGGCAAUGGAGAACUGCACUAUAUUUACUGAAUUCAUAUUCUUAGGGCUUUCUAGAAGAAAGGAUGUGCAACUUUGGCUCUUUGUAUUAUUUCUUUUUGUUUACGGCACAACAGUGAUUGCCAACAUUGGGAUGAUCCUGCUGAUCAAGAUAGACUCCAGAUUACACACUCCCAUGUACUAUCUCCUGAGCAACCUGUCUUUUUGUGAUUUCUGCUUUUCCUCUUUUAUCUCUCCCAAAAUGCUGGCUGAUUUCUUAUCUGAGAAAAAGAGGAUUCCAUAUACUGCAUGUCCCAUUCAAAUGUAUUUUUUCGCUGCCUUUGGUGACAUAGAAUGUCUGAUGUUGGCUGUGAUGGCAUAUGACCGUUAUGUAGCUAUUUGUAAUCCACUUCUUUAUACAGUAGCCAUGUCCAGGAAACUUUGUACUGUGCUAGUUUUUCUCACCUACCUCAUGGGCCUGCUUGAUUCAGCAAUUCACACUGGCUUAGCUUUUCGGUUGUCAUUCUGUAAAUCCAAUAUGAUCAAUCACUUCUUCUGUGAUAUUCCUCCUUUGUUAGCACUUGCCACCUCAGAUACAUUUAUUAAUGAGAUAAUGUUAUUCAUAUUUGGUACCAUUAUUUUUGGUUUCAGUGUUUUCACAGUCCUCCUCUCUUACAGCUACAUCAUAGCUACCAUCUUUAGAAUGAAAUCAGCUGAGGGGAGACGCAAAGCCUUCUCUACCUGUGCCUCACACCUCUGCACAGUAUCUCUCUUUCAUGGCACAAUUCUCUACAUGUAUUUGCGGCCCAGCUCCAGUUACUCCAUGGACACUGACAAAAUUACUUCUGUUAUCUACACAGUUAUCAUCCCUAUGUUAAACCCGUUGAUCUAUAGCUUAAGGAAUAAGGAUGUGAAAGGUGCCCUGAAAAAAGCAAUCAUUACUAAAUUAUGUCAUCAGUAA